AUGUAUCAAUCGGUUAUUUUAGGAUCUCUUCUAUUGGCAACGCUUUACGUUUUAAAACGUAUGCGUGAUCCAAAAUUGAAUAUGCCUCCGCUCGUUCGUUAUAAGUUUCCAAUUAUUGGACAUACCUACAUUUAUUUGACUAAUAGCGAAGAAUUUCUUAAACAAUGUAAAAAGGAGUACGGUGAAAUCUUCAGUCUAUAUUUAUGGGGUGAAGUAAAAACAAUUGUUGGAAAAGAACAUCUGCAAGAAGUAUUAAAGAGAGAUGAUUCAUUUGAUGCCGGAAUAGCAUUUGAAAGAUUAUUGCCAUUAAGUGUAAUACUUAAACAUUUAGCAAAAUUUCAAAAUUCGACAAAAGUACUUAAAGAGUAUGUCAUGAAUAAGCUAAAAACUUAUACUGAACGUAUGCAAAAAAAUCUUAAUUUUGCUACUCAAAAAUAUAUUGGUGAUUGUGAUGAACCAAAAAUUAUUAGUAAUGUGUAUGAUACAAUGACAAAAAUUAUUUGUUAUCCUAUUGCAGAUAUUUUUGUUGGUAAAGAGUUGUCACAAUAUGAAGAAAUUAUAAAUACAUUCUCAGAUUUUACGAUUGAUGCAGCAAAAAUUUCGAUGAUUCCGCCGGUUCUUGACUUCAUUUAUCCAAGACUUCAAUAUUAUAUCAAUUGUAUUAUAUUAAAAAUCUAUAAUCCAGCAGUUAAACAUCAAAGGAUACUUAUUAAACAUCUUAAAAAUCAAAUUUAUAAACGUUUACAAGAGAAAGAAAAAUAUGGAGAUUCCUGGAAACGUCCUGCAGAUUUCCUUCAAGAUCUUUUAGAAGAAGAAAGUUUUGAUCCAAAUAAUAUUAAUUAUGCAGAAAUAGCAGAUAAAAUAUGUUUAUUUAUAUUCGUAUCGAUUCAUACGACAUCAAAUAGUUGUACACAUGUUAUUAUGGAUUUAGCAUCUCGACCUGAAUAUAUACAAGAAUUAUACAAAGAACAAUUGGAAGUUCGUAAAGAAGCUGAUGAAAAUGGAAUACUUCCAUUUGAAGCUCUUAAUAACAUGAAAAAAUUAGAUAGUUUUAUCAGGGAAUCUUUAAGAUUAUCUGAAAGUAUAUCAACACUUCCACAUGUCGUAACAAAAGAUUAUACAUUCGCUAAUGGAUUACAAGUACCAAAAGACCGUGCAGUCCAUCUUUACACUGAUGAUGUUUAUCUGGAUGAAUCAUUACAAGGACCAAAUCCAAAAUCAUUUGAACCAUUCCGACAUUUAGAAACGAAUGCUUCAGCAACAAAAAUUGGUAAAAACUUUUUGUUAUUCGGAGGCGGUAAACACGCAUGUCCUGGAAGACAACUUGCUAUAAACGAAGUUAAAUUUUUCUUACAUAAUGUUAUAUUAAAAUAUAAUUUACGUACCGAAAGCGGUAAAAUCGAAGGACCAAAGAUGAUUGGUCCAAGGAAAUUUCCAAGUGAAGCUGGAAUUGUUUUUGAAAAAAGAAAAUAA